UCGUGUUCUUCGACCUCUUCUCCACUUUCCCUUUCUUUUUGUUUUCUCUGUGCGCCACAAUUGCUCAUUUCAUUUAUUCCCGUCAAGUUAUUUUCACAAAUCGAAGUUAGUCGUCCCCACCAAGUUCUCGUCAUGCCGAAAUUCUAGUCUGAAGAAUGGUUCCAAAGUUCUUUUAAUUCACUGGGUAAAAUCUUUUCACUGUCUCGAUUUUUUUGUUCCGCUUUUUUUUUUUGGGGGAUUGCAGGGCCUGUAAAUUUUCCUUGCCCAGGAGGAGCAACGGAAACGAGAUAAAUGGAUAUGUACAUUCGUGUUAAGCGUAAUAAGACAACAUACUUCAUCCGGUGCAAGCCAUCUGAUAAAAUUCUUGACAUAAAGCAGAACUUGGAAGAACUCAUUGAGCAGCCUGUUAAUAAUCAGAGAUUAAUUCUACCUGGUACAGGUGAAGUAUUAGAUGACUCAAAGACACUGGCUGACCAAAAGGUUGAAAAUGAUGCUAUUGUAGCACUGACAUUGAGGAAAGAUGACAAUGAGUUUGAGGAGGUCAACAUUGUGAACCCAAAUGAUUUCUACCCGUCACGGGAUUCAGAUGGCGCGAAUUGGUAGAGCCAUAGUGCUGCAGCAAAAGGCUCACUCACUCAUACCUCACACCACCAACCAGCAGCAUUUUGUUAAGCCAACCAUUAAACUAGAUUUUUUGUUACUGCUUUAGGUGAAAACUUUCUGUUAUGAUCCUUCAGUACUAUUCAGUUAAUCCAAUCAAGAUGCUAUUUGUGAA